AUGAGCGGACGUCUCCUGGCCGCAGGGCUUUCGCCAUUGACGCGACGCGCUCCAGUCCAGGCCGUUCGACACUUUCACCGAUUUCCCGCAGGCGGGCUGCAGCGAGCAGAUGCUGCUGUGCGUGCUACCCAACGGCGCAUGUGGUUCCCUGGCAAUGCCUUCCACAAUGCCGUCGUCGUAAGGAAUGCGUCCUUUGCCCGCUUCCUACCAAAGCUGGUUAUCAAGUUUGCUAGGAUCCCCGCCAUGUUCGGUGGCCUAGCUGUCGGAACACUCGCUUGGAUUCAGUACCAAGCUAACCAGCUCACCACCAACGCCUGGGAUAUGGUCAGCAAAACAGCAGAUGGUAUUUCGGAAACGACGUCUAGUCUCUUUGGAGGUGCUAAAGGUAUCAUGGAUCAAACGAUGCGCGGUUGGGAAAACACGAAAGAACAAAUCGAAACCCCCGAAUGGCUUCAAAAGGUCUUGCGUAUCCACGAAGACAUUGGCACUGGAGGUGGCGGCUCAGGAGGCCCCGGAGGGGAGCAGCCCAAGCAGAGCAGAGCUGGUGCGGCUGUUGUUGCAGGAGGCUCAGCUGCUGCGUACGGCUACGACCAAUCUUCAGAAGACGACCCACGAGAUCCCGACGAGGUGGCCAACGACGACCAGAUGAUGAUCCUCACCAAGAAGAUGAUCGAGAUUCGGAGCAUGCUCCAGCAAGUUGGACAAUCGAGCACACUGACGCUCCCUUCAAUUGUUGUCAUCGGUUCCCAGUCGUCAGGAAAGAGUUCUGUCUUAGAAGCCCUCGUCGGUCACGAAUUCCUGCCCAAGGGAAGCAAUAUGGUCACUCGCAGACCCAUAGAGCUGACCCUCGUCAAUACCCCUGAGUCGGAUGCAGAAUAUGGCGAAUUCCCCGACUUAGGUCUUCGACGCAUUACCGACUUUUCCUCGAUCCAAAGGACCUUGACUGAGCUCAAUCUAGCCGUGCCAGAUACCCAGUGCGUCUCGGAUGAUCCCAUUCACCUUACCAUCUACUCGCCAAACGUACCAGAUCUGUCUCUGAUUGAUCUGCCCGGAUACAUUCAAGUGGUUGGCCAAGGCCAGCCUCUUGAAUUGAAGCAAAAGAUCUCGGAGCUAUGCGACAAGUACAUCCAGCCUCCCAACGUUAUUCUCGCUAUCUCCGCCGCAGAUGUAGAUCUCGCAAACUCGACCGCAUUACGUGCCAGUCGUCGUGUAGACCCUAGAGGAGAGAGGACCAUCGGUGUGGUUACCAAGAUGGAUCUGGUGGACGCUCCUCGUGGGGCCGCCAUCCUGAGCGACAAGCAGUAUCCCCUGAGACUGGGUUAUGUGGGUGUUGUCUCCAAAGUUCCUCAAACGACUGGUCUCUUCAAGAGAUCUGGUAGCGUCAUGUCUGCCAUUGCAAAGAACGAGAACACCUUUUUCUCGGCCCACCCGCUCGAGUUCGGCGAGGGUGCUGGUGUCAACGUAGGGACCAUCAACCUACGUAAGAAGCUCAUGACCGUUCUUGAACAGACGAUGUCUGCUAGCCUAGCUACAACUAGCGACGCUAUCAGACAGGAGCUUGAGGAAGCGACCUAUGAGUUCAAGGUUCAAUACAAUGACCGCCCGCUAUCUGCCGAAUCAUACUUGGCGGAAAGCCUCGAUGGCUUCAAACACUCCUUCAAGCAAUUCACCGAGGAGUUCGGGCGCCCCCAAAUGCACCAGCUUCUGAAGCAAGAGCUAGAUCAGAAGGUUCUCGAUCUUCUGGCGGCUCGGUACUGGAACAAGCCUAUCCAGGACCUGUCCCCUGCAAUGCCAGAGCCGGACAGCUUGGCUGAUCUUCCCAAAGCCGACCCCAACUCUUUGUACUGGCAUCGCCAGCUCGACGCGUCGACUUCUUCAUUGACAAAACUUGGCGUUGGCAGAUUAGCUACAAGCGUUGUUGCUUCUGCUAUCCAGGCACACAUCGAUAGUCUGAUAAAGCACUCCACUUUCAGCAGCCAUCCCUUUGCACGCGAAGCAAUUAACGAAGCCGCGUCAACAAUUCUGAAUGAGCGAUUUUAUAGCACGAGCGAUCAGGUUGAGAACUGUAUCAAGCCUUACAAGUUCGAAAUUGAUCUUGACGAGAGAGAAUGGACCCAAGGUCGCGAUCACUCAGCCGUUGUCCUGAAGAAGGAGCUCCAGGACUGCGAAGGCGCACUCAAGAGCAUUGAAGAUGUUGUUGGCGGUCGACGAAAGUUGAGAGAAGUGAUGAACUUUGUCGAUCGCGCACGAAAGGGAGAUGUUGUGGUUGAGGGAGAAAGCCGUAGCGGCGCCGGAGGCUUCAGCGCGUCGCUUCUUAAGAGAGGACGUGAGGCUGUCUUCCUCAGGGAUCGUGCCGACAUCAUCAAGAUGCGUCUAAUGGCUGUUAAGUCUAAGCAAUGCACCAGCCUCAAGAACAAGUAUUACUGCCCGGAGGUCUUCCUUGAUGCGGCAGCCACCAAGCUCGCGUCAACGGCUGUUCUUUUUCUCAACGUAGAGCUCCUAUCGGAAUUCUACUACAACUUCCCUAGGGAACUCGAUCUCCGGCUAGGAAGGCACCUCUCCGAAGAAGAUAUCGAAAGGUUCGCCAAGGAAGACCCCAAGAUCAAGAGGCACCUGGAAGUCAUCCGCCGCAAAGAUCUGCUCGAGUUGGUCCUUGAGAAGAUGGAGAGCCUCAGGCAGCUUGAGGGUCGCGAGAGAGAGCGGAAGCAGGGUAGCAACAACAGGCCCAACAAGGAUGACAAGCAGCGUGGACGCUGGGGACUGUUUUGA